ACCACGAAAGUCGACGAGGUGCUAGCCAAGCUGAUAGCUUUCGAUCGUGAUUCUGGAGAAAACGGACGGGUCUCGUAUUCCUUGGCCGAAUCGUAUGGAGUUUUCCGGUUGGAUAGCAAUGACGGCUCUCUGACCUUGGUGCAACCAUUGACGAACCAGCAAGAGUAUCUGCUUACCGUGACCGCAAGCGACCACGGUACACCGGUGUUGUCGUCGACGAUUCCAGUCAGGAUCACAGUUACCAAGGAGGAAACUCAGCAACGUCCUCAAUUUCCCUAUCCCACUUAUGACUUCGUGGUCUCCGAAUCUCUUCCGUUGCACAUCGUAUUUGGAAACGUAUCCGUUGGUCAGCUUCCGUACUUCUACCGUAUCAUGGAUGCAAAGGCAUCCGAUGUGUUCGACAUUGACCAGUUAGGGACGUCUCUCACUGAAGGCCGGGCUCGAUCGAGAAACCAAGGAACUCUAUAA